AUGAGACAUAUCAAGAAGGCCUCUGAUCCUCAGAAGGCUCCCGACCCUGCUGCCCACUCGGACCCUGUGGAGCAGUCAACUAACGUUCUAGUAGUUCACGAGUCCAGCGCCUUCGCUGCGUUAUGGGUCGUCGGCCUGAGCUACCCGCCCACACCCACCGCUGCCCUAAACCCAUUGGAGAUCCGCGCCGUGGCAAGCUACCUCGACUAG